CUUUUGUUAUAAAGAUGGACUUGUAAAAAGCAGAAUUUUAAAGUGAUAAUUCAGAUGGAGAUAACUUUAGAUAAUCAUGGACUACCGAAGAUAGUCUAAGUAGAACUUCAAGUUAUGAUGCUGCUGAAGAAGUUAAUGAUCUAGAGGAAAGAAUCUGUCAAUACUUAAAUGAUUUAAAUAUCUAAUCGUUUACAAAUCCUACUCUCAAAGAGGAUAUAUACAACCACUAAAUGAAACAAAAAUUAGUAAUAUAUUUUAAAAUAUUUCACUAGUUUUCAAAAAUUAUCUCAUUAUCUAAUACUAACAAAAGUACUCUCAUGAAAAAACGUUCGCUACUCUUUGCUGACUGAAUAUUGCCAUUUUCCU